AUGGCGCCGAACGCGCCAAAAGCAGACAAGAAGAGGAAAGAAAAGCCAAAUAAAGGCGUUUCCAAGUCAACUAGUAGGCGAGCAGCCAUGGAUAAGAAGAACGAAUUGAAGAAGAGAAAGAUCGAUCAAUCUCAAAAUCAGGAGUUGCAAACAAAAAAGCUCAAGGAGCUCCAGAAAAAGAUCGAUGCGGCCAAAGCACUCAUGGAAAAGGAAGAGGAUGAGGAAAAACAGCGUGAAAGUGAAAUAUCAAUGAAAGAACUACUCUUGAGCAAAGAGCGGAUCGAAAGCGAUUUGGCGGCCAUCGCUUCAGAUAUCAUGGAAAUUGACACAGACAUCAAAAACAUUGAGCAAGGCGGGCCAAUGGAUGUCGAUGACACUGAAGAUAAAAACAGCGGGGAUGGUACAGAUAGCGGAAAUGAAAGCAAGGAGAGCCCAGACCGAGAUCAGCAAAAUGACACUGCAGACCAACCAGAAACAGAAGGAAAUUCAUAUGGUUCGAGUACGUCUAGUACCGCGGAUCCCAAGCACAAGAACCUCAAUGACACCAAUAUUAGCCAAGAUGGCUUGGCAAGCCAGCAGCGAUCAAAUGAGAGCCACCCACUUCCUGAGGCCAGGGUGAAUUCUAACGAAUUGUUUGUUGGCCAGAACGAGCGACCUAGUGCGACCCAGAAUGCAAGCCAGCAGGAUCACGAAAGGCCAAAAGAUUAUAAAGAUUAUCCCUUUAUUGACCUGACUUUGGACGACGACGAGGAUGGACCAAAUGAGCCACUCUUUGAGGAAGGCACAGUCACGUUGAAGAAGAACCGUGGCAAUGGAUUUGACUACCUUAACUCAUAUGGACCCUUGAACUGUGCGAUGACCAUUUGGAGCUCGAAUGGGGCUCCAAAUGAAGUGGAAGAAUGCACGUUCCUUAAAGGUGAUCCUCAUAACAAAGCUAUGCUCGAAGAUAGGACCGGAAAGCUUUUGUACAAGGGCAUGAUUCGCAACAUCAAGAAAGUAGCCUGGCAACCCAGGCGGGGAGGAAUUACGAUGCUGGAUCUACUGGAGUCAGUGGAGGAGCUAAAUCCUGAGGUCAAGAAGACAAAGCCAGAAUAUGUCUUCCCAUUUAGUACCGUACUUGUCGACUGGAAGCAAGAGGCCAAACUGCCGCCUCUUUGGAUCAGCCGCUCAAACUACAAAAGACUCAGUAGUUCAGCUAAGAAAGAAAGCCUAAGAACAGAUCGGAGAAUCUACGCGGUAGCUUUAGUUCAGGUGAAGAACUACAGGAACUGGGCAGGAAAGCUACUUGACAACAAGUGGACAGGAGAGCAAAGAGUAGGCUUAGCACAAAGCCCUACUCCAUUCCCAGAAACAUCAAAGACAGAAGACAUCUUGCGUCACGGACGAGGCGACCAAGUCCAGAACAAAAAAAGAGGUGACUACGAAGACCAGAGAACUCAAGGCCCAAGCACGGAACUCAAGACCAACCAGAGCCAGAGCACCCGGAGCCAAAGCAACGAACGCGAGCACAGCCAAGCCCAGAGCAGUGAGAUUGAAAUCACCCAAGACCAGAGCAAUGCAGCAAGUCCUACAGAUCCUCCUCAGGUUUCGAAUGAAAACCCAGUGGCCCACGAAAAGAAACCCGAAAGCUCUCAGCAAACCUUCAACCGAAAGAAGUUUUUGAACGACAUCUUGGGUAUGAUUGAUGAUUUCGAUACUCUUGAGGCGGAAAAACAAAUGCAAAUGCGCACUCUUGCGCUGGCCCAAUACGAUCUCUAUAAGCGAAAAAUGGAAGAAGGCGGUGCUAAGGAAGAGACGGUCUAA